AUGAUGAAGUCGAAUUCCAAUCUUCAAGCAUCAAUCUGUCAACAAUCGUUGAAAUCGUUGUAUUGGUCAUUCAUCAAACUGGUAGGCACACGUAAUAUUUCCGAAGAUAAAGCACAAGAAAAUUUUGAACAAUAUCUUGCUAAUUGUGCAACAAAACAACUUGCUCAAACAGAGAAACGCAUGUCUUCUCAUCUGUCAAAUCAACUUCUUCUUAAGAGUAUUCGACCAUCUGACGUCUUCAAUGGCACUGAUGAACAAGAUCCUACGACGUGGCUUCAAUCAAUGGAGGAACUAUUUGAUGCUGCUAAAGUCGAGAAACCGGAUCGCCGACGUUUUCUUUCCAUGUUCUUUGGCGAUGAUGUCAAAAAGUGGUAUCGAAGCGAAGAUCAUAGUAGCGAAUAUGAUGUUUUUAAAACACAAUUCAUCAAGGCUUUCACAUCUUCCACCCACAUGUUAAAUAUUUCAACAAAAUUGAUGAACCGACGGCAAGGAAUUAAUGAAUCUAUACAAUCCUAUUACUACGACGUCUUGUCACUAUGUACCAGAUUUAAUAUGCAAAUGCCGGACAAUGAGAAAAUUUUAUAUUUACUGCGCGGCUUAAAACCCUCAGUGAAACAGCAUGUUAUCAUGAGUAAUCCUCUGACAUGUCAAGAAUUAUUGGAUCAUGCAAAACGAGCUGAAGCAGCAGCUUCAGUGAAUCAGCCUUCGUCCACAGUGCCUACCCCAACCCAUGAUGACACAGAUGAGGUCUCAGCUGCUCUCCAUCGAAGUUCAUUUCCGCCAUCUACACAUUAUAAUAACCGAUCUUCAGGAACGCAGCAACAAGUUGCAAUGUUACAAUUGUUAUGGUUUUGGCCAUUAUUCUUAUCAAUGUCCAUCUCAUUUAAACUAAUACGGGUACCACCGGAUGGUAGUGGAACCCGCUCCUACACAAAUCCAUCUCCCUUGGUUCACAUUUUUGUCCAAAUCAACAACAUUGACACACGUGCUAUGAUAGACACAGGUUCAUCUAUAUCCGCUAUCAAUACUUCAUAUUUACAGCAACUCAACCUCAAUGAAAAUAUUCAUCCAACGUCAACUACAUGUAACACAGCAAAUAAUGGGCAACUAAACGUACGUGGAAUGAUCUAUCUACCUGUUUCGAUCAAUAAUAUUUCAACUAUUAUUCUUACGUUUAUUGUUGACGACUUAUGUGCCAAUUUGUUAUUGGGUGGAGAUUUUUGUCAUCAACACACGGUGAACAUCGAUUAUGGAAAGAAACAUCUUUUUAUGAACAUCAACUCACAGCAUCUGAUCGUCAAGUUUCACCAACAACUACACCACCAGCAAGUCUUCAAUGUCCAGACGACAACCGACAUUUCAAUACCUCCACUUUCAACACAAAUUAUCAACGCCUCGACAUCAGCUCCAUCGAUGUCAGCCAUUUUCACCCCAGCAUCAGCUAAGUUGAAUAAACGAGGUAUCAUUGCACCACAUGCGUUAGUCGAAAUCACGGACAAGUCUACCAUAUUAACAUUGCUCAACUCAACAUCUUCUUUACAAACAAUUACCAAAGGUACCAUUAUAGGUCAAAUCAAGUAUUAUGAAGACAAAAAGUGGUACUAUGUUGACCCUUCUGAUCUAUCAGAUCAUCCACCAUAUAUGGCUAGUAUUACACAUAAAUCAGCACCAUCCAAUUCUCAUCUCUCCAAUACCGAUUCGCUUACGAAGCUACUGUGUCAUCUGCCUAAACACCAACAGGAUCGAAUCAAGUAUGUGUUGUCGAAACAUACUCAACUAUUCAAUCUAUCUAAAGCAUCCACUAUACAAUCGAACGACGUAUACCAUCGUAUACCAAUUCCAUCCCAUCAUCAGCCAAUUCAAUGCUAUCCUUACCGGAAAUCACUUAAGGAAACACAGAUUAUCAAUGACCAAAUCAAGGAAAUGCUAGACAAUCGUAUUAUUCGUCCAAGUUCUAGCCCAUGGUCUUCUCCGGUCGUGAUUAUUCCUAAGAAAGAUGGUAGUCCACGUUUUUGCGUAGACUACCGGCGUUUGAAUUUAAUUACUGAACGUGAUGUUUAUCCGUUACCGCGGAUAGACGAUAUUAUUGACCGGUUAGCCGGCUCUCAAUACUUCUCUACCUUAGACUUGAAAGCCGGUUAUUGGCAAAUCCCGAUCGCAGAGGAAGAUAAGAAGAAAACAGCAUUUGUAACGACUGAUGGUCUUUUCGAAUUCAAUGUGCUACCAUUCGGCUUGUCGAACGCGCCGGCAUCAUUUCAGCGUAUCAUGAAUUCUAUUUUGGGUACACUUCGGUGGGAUAUUACGCUAGUCUAUCUUGACGACAUCAUUAUUUAUUCAAAAUCCUUCGAGAAACAUGUGGCACAUUUAGAUUUGGUCUUGACUGCCUUGGCGAAAGCCAACGUAAAACUUAAUCCUGACAAAUGUUCGUUGGUGCGCAAACAACUUGACUAUCUUGGGUUUCGCAUUACACAAGACGGUAUAAAACCAACAUCUACCAACGUAAAGAAAACUAUGGAUUUUCCUGUUCCAACAUCGGCUAAAGCGGCUUAUUCUUUCAUUCAAAUGGCUCAAUUCUAUCGCAGAUUUAUCAAAAAUUUUGCAACCGUAGCGGCACCAUUCAAUGCCUUCAAAGAAAAGAAUGCUAGGUUCGUAUGGACUGCAGACUGUCAAAAGUCUUUUGAUACCUUAAAGAAAACCUUAGCGCAAUAUCCAUUACUAUGGUUUUAUGAUGGAACAUCUAAACUUAAAUUGAAAAUCAAUACUGAUGCAUCAAAUAAAGGUAUUGGCGGAGUUUUGCAUCAGGUUACACCGAAUGGGCGCCUUCAACCAAUCCAAUAUCUAUGGAGAUCUUUAUCCAAAAGAGAACAAAAAUACUCGGUGGUAGAGAAAGAAUGUCUGGCAAUGGUGUGGUGUAUUACCAAACUACGCCCAUAUUUAUAUGGCCAAAGCUUUACUCUUAUUACAGAUCACCAUCCAUUGUGUUGGUUGAAUAAACAAUCAUCAAAGAAUGGACGACUGGAUCGUUGGUCUUUGCAACUUCAAGAAUAUACGUUUGACAUCAAGCAUACUCCGGGAUCAUCGAAUUGUGUCGCGGAUUGUUUGUCACGAUAUCCAACGGGACCACCUGAUUCACUUGUGGAAGACCAACUGGACCUUAUGCAUGGACAAAUUAACCACGUGAAUUUCAAUGAUUCUUCACCAUUUGACUCUACGAAGAUCAAACAAGAGCAACAAGCAGAUCCGAAAAUUAGCAUCCUACUUGAUCAGUUACAUAAAGGUAAAAUUCGAUCAUCAUAUAUCGUAGAUAAUGAUAUUCUACAUAAAAUUAUUCACCGACCCGGCGACGUAGUCAUAAAAGUACCUUAUAUUCCGGCAUCUAUGGUUACUUCAUUACUAUAUGCGUAUCAUGAUAGUCCUCCUAGUGGGCAUCUUGGGGUUAGUAAAACUUGGUACAAAAUUCGUGAUCGCUAUUUUUGGCCAGGGAUGUAUAACUCCAUUAAAACGUAUGUCUUGGCAUGUACCAAGUGUCUUCAAUUCAAAAUCGAUAGGAAGAAACAGACCGGCACAUUACAGCCUAUCGAUCCGCCUACAGGCAUUCUAGACCUUAUUGGCUUGGAUUUUGUGGGACCUGUCCCGUCCUCAUCUUCUGGAAAUAAAUACAUAUUGGUAUGUACUGACUAUCUAUCACGUUACGCAAUUACUCAAGCUACACCAAAUUGUACCGCAGAGACUGCAGCCAAGUUUUUGGUUCAGAACGUUGUCCUGCAAUAUGGCGUACCUAAACAGGUACUCACAGAUCGGGGCACCCAUUUUAUGGCUAAUGUGUUUGAAGCGAUUGCGUCACGAUGUGGAAUCCAUCAUCUGAAAACCACGACUUACCAUCCACAAUGCAAUGGGCUCACAGAGCGUUUUAAUGCUACACUUGUUGAUUCCAUUGGUACAUAUGUUAACGAACAACAAAGCGAUUGGGAUGACUUUCUGCCAUACGUGACAUUUGCAUACAAUACAGCGAAACAAUCUACCACCGGAAUAGAACCAUUCAAGUUAAUGUAUGGAAGAGAUGCUAUUUUGCCAUUUGACGUUCCUCAAUCAAUCACUCAACUUCCGUCCGUCAAUGAUUAUUAUUUACACCUCAUUCGAUUUUUGAAACAAGCAAAAUCUAGUGCAUGGUAUCAAAUUAAACACACCCAAAAUGUCUAUAAGAGAACAUAUGACACCGGACGGCGUGAUCUCACACCACUAAAACCCAACCAAUUGGUAUUCCUCAAACAAAUGAUGGUUAAGCAUCUGCGAAAGUUUUCUCCAAAAUACUAUGGUCCUUUUCGAAUUCUUCGUCAGCUCAAUAGAUUAAACUACGAGGUAAAGCACAUCCAUGAUGGUCAUACAGAGAGAGUCCAUGUGUCACGCAUCCGGAUUAUUAUUUAA